AUGUCUACAGAUACUGCAGCCGAAGAACUAAUCUCUAAUUCUUUUAACGUCAUUAGUGGUAAUACUUUACCUACUUGGUUAAAAUACUCGAAACCAACUAUUGAUAAUCCAUUUGGCUUAGAAUUAUGGCCAAUUUUUUCCAAAGUAUUUGAAUGUAUCAAAGGGUACCCAGCUGAAGAAUUUAAGUUUAUCCACAAUGAAACUUUUCUAGCUAAUUUUUACCAAGCAGUUUCCAUAAUUAUAGUAUAUUAUAUUGUUGUCUUUGGUGGACAAUCCAUCUUGAGGAAAUUGGAUGCCAAACCGAUGAGAUUCUCAUUAUUAUUCCAAUUGCAUAACAUUGUUUUAACUAGUGCGUCAUUAAUAUUGUUUUUAUUGUUAGUUGAGCAAAUAAUUCCAAUGGUUUAUAGACAUGGUUUGUUCUAUGCUAUUUGUUCUCCACAAGCUUUUGCACCUAAGUUGAUUGCGAUUUAUUAUUUGAAUUACUUGACUAAAUUUUUGGAAUUGAUUGAUACUGUAUUUUUAGUUUUGAAAAGAAAGAAGUUGUUAUUUUUGCAUACUUAUCACCACGGUGCUACUGCAUUAUUGUGUUAUACUCAAUUGACCGGUCGUACUUCAGUGGAAUGGGUUCCUAUUGUAUUGAAUUUGGCAGUUCACGUUGUCAUGUAUUGGUAUUAUUUCUUGAGUUCUUGUGGCAUUAGAGUUUGGUGGAAAGAGUGGGUUACUAGGUUUCAAAUCGUUCAAUUUUUAAUUGAUUUGGUUUUUGUUUAUUUUGCUACUUAUACUUAUUAUGCUAAUAAAUUUUUCGAUGAUAUUCUUCCAAAUAUGGGUACUUGUUAUGGUACUCAAGAUGCUGCUGCUUACGGGUAUUUAAUUUUGACUUCCUAUUUGGUUUUAUUUAUUUCAUUUUACAUUAAGAAUUAUGGAAAGAAGCGCCCUUCUAAAAAAGCUAGUACUGUUACUGCUGCAGGUAGUGCUCCAGUCACCAAGAAAAGCAGAAAAGCUUAA